AUGACUGGCCACACCGCUAGAGUCGGCUCUUUGGCAUGGAACACUCACAUUCUGACGUCGGGCUCCCGGGACCGACUCAUUUACCACCGUGAUGUACGAGCCCCAGAUCAGUGGCUUCGAAAGCUGGUCGGCCACAAGCAAGAAGUUUGCGGUCUGAAGUGGAAUUGCGAGGAUGGUCAAUUGGCGAGUGGUGGUAAUGACAACAAGUUGAUGGUAUGGGACAAGCUCUCAGAAACACCCUUGUGGAAGUUUUCGGACCACACCGCUGCCGUCAAGGCGAUUGCGUGGUCUCCUCACCAACGAGGACUCCUAGCCUCAGGAGGUGGUACGGCUGAUCGCAGGAUCAUCUUUCAUGAUACUGUUAGAGGAGCUGUGAUCAACGAGGUGGACACUGGUAGCCAGGUCUGCAACAUCGCAUGGUCCAAGAACUCGAACGAGAUCGUCUCAACCCACGGUUACAGCCAGAACCAGAUUGUUGUCUGGAAAUAUCCAUCCAUGACACAGGUGGUCAGCCUGACCGGCCACACCUACCGUGUCCUGUACCUGGCCAUGAGCCCUGAUGGCCGUGUAGUUGUCACCGGAGCUGGAGACGAGACGCUCCGCUUCUGGAAUGUAUUUGGCAAGCGGCCAGGCGCGAGAGAAGACAGCGACGGCGGCGGACGGCUGUCCGAUUGGGGAGUAAUUCGCUGA